AUGGCAUCUCCUGAUAUUACUCUUCACACUUACUCAACUUCCAACGGAGUAAAAGUUAGCAUUACUCUUGAAGAAUUAGGACUUCCUUAUAAAGUGAAUUUUGUUUCUCUUGAAAAUUUAGAACAAAAGCACCCCGAAUUUUUGAAAAUCAAUCCAGUAGGAAAAAUUCCUGCUCUCACGGAUCAUGACUUUAAUGUAUUUGAAAGUGGCGCUAUUAUGCUUUACCUUUGUGAAACUUAUGAUCUUGAAGAGAAAUUAUUGCCAAAGGAUCCCAAGUUAAAAAGUCAAGUUAUACAAUGGGUUAUGUUCCAAAUGGCUGGACUCGGACCUAUGCAAGGACAAGCUAAUUAUUUUAAUACUUACUCACCAGAACAUAUUCCAUAUUGCAUUGAACGAUAUACUAAAGAAACCAAAAAAUAUUACACCAUCUUAAAUGAUUUCUUGGAAAAGAAGGAGUAUUUAGUUGGAAAUAGGUAUACUUUAGCAGAUAUUGCAAAUUAUUCCUCGGUUAAGUUCCACCUUCUUUGUGGAAUUCCAAAUCUAGAUGAUUUACCAAAUUUAAAAGCUUGGGUGGCUCGUAUUGAUGCAAGACCUGCUACUCAAAAAGGCAUAGAUGUACCUAGCACUGGGCUUAGAGAAUGUAUUGAAAAUCCUGAAAAGUUGGAAGAAUUAUCUCAAAAAAUUAAAGCUGUUUUUAAAAAAAUGCAAGAAAAUAAGUAA